AUGGUCGCUGCUUUCAAUUUGCGUCCCCCCUUGGGCGACAAAUGGAGCCAGCAGUUGUGGAUUUUUAGCGAACAGUUGUUUACGGACUCAGCCCUGAGGAAUAAGCAAUCUAAUUCUCUCUCUCUCUCUCUGUGUGUGUGUGUUUAGCUGUGUGUUCGGGACUCAGGCGACUGUUUUCGGGACCAGAUGCGGUACAUGAUGCGUUCCCUUCAGGACCUCAAACACAUCAGGGAGGAGCCCAGCGAUCCGCCGUGCCGGUCUUACGCCGUCACCCGCGCCAACCACAAGAGGCAGCUGCAGCAACGAGAGCAGGCCAGCCGUCUGCGCAUGUCCGACUGCAGCGACGCCAGCACCUACGACUCCGCCUGCUGCCUGGCCAGUCCGCUGGAGGAGGAAGAAGAGGAUGAGGAGGGCGGCGUGGGCCGUCUGCCUCAGGGUUCGCCCAGCAGCGAGAAGAGCUUGGAGUUUGACUCCGGGUACUCGGAGGCGUCCUGGCAGGACGAGGGCGUGGUUCUGAGGAGGACCAGGAACGUCCGCGUCUCCUCUUCUGCCUGCGUCCGAACCAACCGCAUCCGACCCAAGUCCACGUCGGACGCUUGCCUGGAGCGCUGGACGUCAUUUGAGGCCAGCGAACCGGAGGACUGGACCACGUCCCUGCUCACUCGCAGUCGGAACAGACAGCCACUGGUUCUGGGGGACAAUAGCUUUGCCGACCUCAUAAAGAACUGGAUGGACCUUCCAGAGUGUCCGGACUCUGUGGAAAUGAAGCCAAACCCGGGUCGAAGGAUAGCCAAAGACUUCCUGGUGAACAUGAGGCGGAAACUGACUGGGAUGUCGAGGGGACUGGAGGGGCGUGGCAGGGUCACGGAACCCUGCGCCAAACGCAUGUCCUGCCCCGUUGGCUUCCAAACGCAGAAACCGUUUUUCCACCAGUCACACACCGGGCUGCACCAACUGGAAACGGACUACUACCGGUUCAGCGCCCUCAUGAAGACGGGCAGCCGACAGCCCAUAAUAUGCAACGACAUCAUCGGGUACAUCUGA